CGGAACGCAGGAGGACACUCCCGGGUUAUCUCGCUUUGAACUUCGACAAUAAUCUUCUUGACAUUCUCCAGAAAUGCGUGAAUGUAUCUCAAUCCACAUCGGCCAGGCCGGAGUCCAGAUGGGCAAUGCCUGCUGGGAGCUGUACUGCCUGGAGCACGGCAUCCAGCCUGACGGUCAGAUGCCUAGUGACAAGACCGUUGGGACGUGUAUGGACUCCUUCAACACUUUCUUCAGUGAGACCGGGUCAGGACAGCACGUCCCCCGCGCCAUCUUUGUCGACUUGGAACCAACUGUCAUAGAUGAGGUCCGAACUGGCAAGUACCGACAGCUCUUCCAUCCCGAGCAGAUGAUUACGGGCAAGCAGGAUGCUGCAAACAACUACGCCAGGGGGCACUACACCGUCGGUAAAGACCACAUCGAUGUGGUGCUGGACAGGAUACAAAAACUGUCUGAAAUGUGUACCAGUCUGCAGGGAUUCCUGUUCUUCCAUAGCUUCGGUGGAGGGACGGGGUCAGGCUUAACCUCUCUCAUAAUGGAGCGACUGUCAAUAGAGUACGGCAAAAAGUCCAAGCUGGAAUUUGCCGUCUACCCAGCUCCACAGACGGCCUCGGCGGUGGUGGAGCCCUACAACUCUAUCCUGACCACUCACAUCACACUCGAGCACUCUGACUGUGCCUUCAUGGUCGACAACGAGGCCAUCUACGAUAUUUGUCAGCAUAAUCUUGGCAUCGAACGGCCGUCGUUUUCGAACCUCAACCGCCUCAUUGCUCAGGUUGUCUCCUCCAUUACGGCAUCACUGCGUUUUAAUGGCGCCCUCAACGUUGAUUUGAAUGAGUUUCAGACCAAUUUGGUGCCCUACCCACGUAUUCACUUUCCCCUUGUGACGUUUAAUCCGGUCAUCUCGAAAGAGAAGGCCCACCAUGAGACUUUAUCUGUCGCUGAGAUCACCAAUUCCUGCUUCGAGUCUGCCAACCAGAUGGUGAAGUGCGAUCCCCGUCGUGGCAAGUACAUGGCCUGCUGCCUCCUGUACCGUGGUGAUGUCGUCCCUAAAGAUGUUAGUGCUGCCAUCGCAACUAUCAAGACCAAACGCUCCAUCCAGUUCGUCGACUGGUGUCCAACUGGCUUCAAGGUGGGCAUCAACCACCAGCCUCCAACCGAAGUGCCUGGUGGUGAUCUGGCCAGUUUGAAGCGUGCCGUCUGCAUGCUGAGCAACACCACCGCCAUCGGUGAGGCCUGGGCUCGUCUGGAUCACAAGUUUGAUCUGAUGUACGCCAAGCGAGCCUUCGUCCACUGGUACGUAGGAGAGGGUAUGGAGGAGGGUGAAUUCUCUGAGGCUCGUGAGGAUAUGGCUGCCCUCGAGAAGGACUACGAGGAGGUCGGAGCUGAAAGUUCGGGAGCAGGUGACGUCGGUGAAGAUGGAAAUCAAGAAUUUUGAUCUGUGGGACUAAUUCAAUAAAUAAAUUGUUUCAAAGGCACACGAAACUAUUGGUAGUUAUUCAAAAUAAUGACUGCCUUAAA